AUGGAUAAAACUCCAUAUGAAUUCUGGAAAGGUCGAGCACCUUCCUACAAAUUCUUAAAAGUGUGGGGCUGUUUGGCAAAGGUUGCAAUCACUGAUCCGAAAAAGAUCAAAAUAGGAUCUAAAACGGUUGACUACGUAAAUGCUUCAUUCUUUGAGAAUGUGUUUCCUCACGAAAGUACACAUGAAAUGAGCACUCUUAAACGAACUCAUAAAGCUGUGACUCAAAAUGAGGAAGAAGGAACUUCACAUCAAAAUGAGGCAAUAGACAGUGAAAUUGAGUCCAUCAUUCAAAACCACACCUGGGAACUAGUGGAUUUACCUCCUGGAAGUAAACCAUUGGGUUCGAAUGGGAAAAAGGUGGACAACAAGAUUGAAUAUAAAGGGCUUGAUGGUGAGAGUCAUGAUGAACCUACAGUGGUGGUACCGAGUGCUCCCACCACACCUCAUGUUGAGAAGGAAAAGCCAGAAGAAGAGGUUGUUCCAACAGUGCCUUUUCCAUCUCGUCUUACACCGGCUAAGAAAAACAAGUAUAAUCGGGACAUUUUUGAAGUUUUGAAGAAAUUUCGGCUCUUUGAGGCCAUGAGACAUUCUAAUGAUUCAAAGACUUGUUUUUGGGUGGAUGUGGUGGAUAGAAGAGUCGACAUGGAGUUGCAUAGAAAUGAUAAAACCAUUGCUUUGGAAGCUUUUCUAGUGGGAGAUAUUGAGAGGACUCUGGACAAUGAUACUCAAGAAGUUGUAAACAUGUUUGAGGCUUCUCCUAGUUAUCAACACAAGUGGCGUCCGACCUUUGAAAAUUUGAGGGACUCUCCAAAUCUUGAGAAGCUAGUACCAUCUAUAGUGAGUCCGCCAGAGCUAGAGUUGAAGCCUUUGCCCGCACACUUGCGAUAUGCAUUCUUAGGUAACUCUAAAACUCUUCCUGUUAUUAUUUCUUCUAAUCUUUCUCUCUUGGAAGAAGAGAAAUUGCUCCGUGUUCUCAGGGAAUACAAGAGUGCAAUUGGGUGGACCAUUGCGGAUAUUCGUGGCAUUAGCCCCUCUGUGUGCAUGCAUCGCAUUUUGAUGGAGGACGGAACUAAAGCCACUAGAGAGGGACAAAGAAGAUUAAAUCCAAUCAUGAAAGAAGUUGUCCGGAGUGAGAUUUUGAAGCUCUUGGAUGUUGGCGUUAUUUAUCCUAUUUCUGAUUCCAAAUGGGUGAGUCCAGUCCAUCUUGUGCCGAAGAAAUCUGGGAUUACUGUCGAAGCCAAUGAGAACAAUGUGCUUAUUCCUACUCGGAAGGUCACGGGAUGGCGAGUUUGUAUUGAUUAUCGGAAACUGAAUUUAGCUACCCGAAAAGAUCACUUCCCAUUACCUUUUGUUGAUCAGAUGCUUGAGAGACUGGCAGCGCAUGAGUAUUAUUGCUUCCUGGAUGGUUAUUCUGGUUAUAACCAAAUUGCCAUUGCUCCCGAAGAUCAAGACAAGACUACUUUCACUUGUCCAUUUGGAACAUUUGCUUACCGUCGGAUGCCUUUCGGCUUAUGCAAUGCUCCUGCAACAUUUCAGCGUUGCAUGAUAAGCAUCUUCUCUGACAUGGUGGAGCGUUUUAUUGAGAUAUUUAUGGAUGAUUUUUCUGUCUUUGGGUCAAGUUUUGACAAUUGCCUUCAGAAUCUGUCUAUUGUGUUGAGGAGAUGUGAAGAAACCAAUUUGGUGCUAAAUUGGGAAAAAUGCCACUUUAUGGUGCAACGAGGAAAUGUGUUGGGGCAUAUUAUCUCCAAAAAUGGGAUUGAAGUUGAUCCGGCAAAGAUUGAGCUUAUAUCGAAGCUUCCUCCUCCGAUCAAUGUGAAAGGAAUUCGUUCUUUUCUGGGACAUGCAGGGUUCUAUAGGAGGUUCAUUCAAGAUUUUUCUAAAAUUGCUAGGCCUUUAUGCAACCUUUUGACCAAAGAUGCAGUUUUUCUAUUCGAUGAAGCUUGUAUGAGGGCAUUCGAUUUGUUGAAAGAGAAACUUACUACCGCUCCAAUUAUGAUGCCUCCGGAUUUUUCUUUGCCAUUUGAAAUUAUGUGCGAUGCUUCUGACUUUGCCAUUGGAGCAGUGCUUUGUCAACGAGUUGACAAGAAGUCUCAUGUUAUAUAUUAUUCAAGCCAAACACUCAAUGAUGCUCAAGUCAAUUAUACCACCACCGAGAAAGAGUUGUUGGCCAUUGUUUUUGCCUUGGACAAGUUUCGUCAAUAUUUAGCAUGCUCUAAAGUGAUUGUCUACUCUGACCAUGCAGCAUUGCGGUAUUUAUUGUCAAAGAAAAACUCCAAGCCACGGCUCAUUCGUUGGGUACUGCUUCUCCAAGAGUUUGAUUUGGAGAUUCGGGAUAAAAAGGGGUGUGAGAAUGUAGUUGCUGAUCAUCUCUCUCGGCUCGCUAUCAAGGAAAACGGUGAAAGAGAUAUGGAUUUUAAUGAGACCUUUCCAGAUGAGCAUUUAUUUGAGGUCGAGGAGGUUCCUUGGUAUGCAGAUAUCGUUAAUUAUCUGGUAAGCCGAAAGUUACCUCCGGGCAUGACCACACAUGAGAAAAACAAGUUUCUGAUUGAGCUAUUUGAUGUGUGGGGGAUUGACUUCAUGGGUCCAUUCCCCAAUUCCCAUGGAAAUCUAUAUAUUUUGGUGGCGGUUGAUUAUGUGAGUAAAUGGGUUGAAGCUCUACCGUGCAAAACCAAUGAUCAUGGUGUGGUUUUGCAUUUCUUGAAAAAUAUGAUCUUUGCAAGGUUUGGAACUCCAAGAGCUAUUAUUAGUGACGGUGGAUCACAUUUUUGCAACAAGUACUUUGAGAAGUUGAUGAAAAAAUGUGGGGUAACUCACAAGGUUUCUACACCUUACCACCCGCAAACGAGUGGCCAGGUGGAGAUAUCGAACCGGGAGAUCAAACAUAUUUUUGAGAAGACGGUUUCUUCUAGUAGAAAGGACUGGAGUAUUAAGCUUAAUGAUGCUCUUUGGGCUUAUCGGACCGCUUUUAAGACUCCUAUUGGCAUGUCUCCUUACCGGUUAGUCUUUGGGAAGCCUUGUCAUUUACCGGUAGAGCUGCAACAUCGAGCAUACUGGGCAAUCAAGGUUUUGAACUUUGAUCUCCAGGAAGCUGGCAAUAUGAGGAAGCUCCAACUUAAUGAGCUUGAUGAGCUGCGGAAUGACUCCUAUGAGAAUGCUAAAAUCUACAAGGAAAAGACCAAACUCUUUCAUGAUAAACAUAUCUCAAGGAAGGUAUUUGAACCAGGUCAAAAAGUCUUGCUGUAUAAUGCUCGCCUUCGAUUUUUUCCGGGAAAGCUUCGAUCAAGAUGGAGUGGUCCGUAUGAGGUGAUUAAAGUUCUUCCUUAUGGCUCUGUAUUUAUCAAGGACCCUCGCACAAGUUUUGAGCAGCAAGUAAAUGGUCACCGCCUCAAGCCCUAUUUUGAGACCUCUUUUGAUAUGGAAAAGUACAAGUUACGCUUGGAAGAUCCUCCAUCCCUUUGA